GACCACGAUUCCCGCUCUUCGGCGGAUGGAAAACACAUUACAUUUUGGGUUAUUAUACCUCCUCUCAAGACAUUCUCCUAAACAAAGGCAACGACUUUGUCCUUAAGAUGCCAUUCGUUGACCACAUCUUCGACAACAAUGUGAUCGAUGACGUGACAGUUAAAGUGAUUCUUCCGGAGGGCUCGUCUGACAUCAACUACAGGUCGGCCUACACUGUGGACCGUCAAAAGGAUCAAAAGCAUUACACAUAUCUGGACACAAUCGGACGAACAGUUCUGGUCUUUCAUAAAAGCAAUUUAGUCGAAGAGCACAUCCAGGACGUGGAGGUGCACUACAAGUACAAUAAGCUGCUUAUGCUUCAGGAGCCGUUGCUCAUAGUGGUGGCCAUCUUCGCGCUCUGCCUUCUUGUCAUAAUUUACGUUCGUUUGGAUUUCAGUAUUUCAAAGAGUCCUCUGAAACAAAGUAUGGGUAAAAUCAAUGCCAUCAACGACUCGAUUAUCGGACACCACGACAAACGCGCCUCUGUUUACGAACAGUUUGAUAAGGCGUCCAAUAAAUUCAAGACGACCAAAGAUUUGGCCGCUUUUCAGGCCAUUCAGAAGCGAUUGAAUGCCGAACACAAGACAGAGACGCAGGCCAUCAGU